UGUGUCCCUUGCAGCAGAUUUAGGCGUUCCUCCAAGAAGCUUAAGCCACAGAGAGGAACGUAUUGAUCUGAUUGUGUGUUUUUAUUCCUGUUGGAUAGUUUCACUGUAAUUUCAUCACCUGCCACUUUAAUGUUGGACUCGCUGACUACAGACAAGGUGCACGGUGGGAUGGACCUCAUUGACCUCCUGCUCAGGAACACAGAUGAAACCCCAGGUUGCCACAGCAACCAACCAUGGAUCACAAUUCAUGACGCCCUGAGCCCCGAGGGAAGUGCUGCUGAUGACUUCCUGGACACCCUAUUAGAUGGGAGCAACUCCUCCUCGGCUCCAGCAUCCCCCCUGUGGUCACCCUGCACCACCGACAGCGGCAUCAACGAGGACCCCCCAGCAGAUGCCACAGAACGCCUUCAUCCACCCUCCUGCACAGCUUUUCCAGCCUUCGAUGCACAUUCUUUCCCUCAGGCUCCACCUCUGCAGAACCAGCCACCACCAAAUGAACAAAACUCUGAUGUCACCAUUGAUCUAGGCUGGGAGUCCAGUGACCUCCAAGAGCAGUUUGGCAUUGGAUACUACCUACGAACUACGAACCAAACCUGCCCUCUGUCGUCCACUCAGACACUCACAGUAAAAGACCUGCUGCUAUCCAACCUGAGACAGACACAAAUCCCCCAGCAUUCCUUGCAGGAGCUUGUACUUAAUGAGGAUGAAAAGAAACUUCUGGCUAAAGAAGGGGUGAACUUACCCAGCAAACUGCCACUGUCCAAGUUUGAAGAGAGGGUUCUGAAAAAGAUCCGGCGGAAAAUCCGCAACAAACACUCUGCUCAAGAAAGUCGGAAGAAGAAGAGGGAAUAUGUUGAUAGUCUGGAGGGAAGGAUGUCUGCAUGUAGUGCUAACAACCUUGAGCUGCAGAAAAAGAUCCAGGAGCUGGAAAAGACCAACAAUGCUCUGUUGGAGCAGCUAAGCCGGCUGCAGGAUCUCAUUCCUAACAGCUCCAGCAGAACAAAUCACAGAGGGACCUGCCUCCUGGUUUUGCUACUCUCCUUCUCCCUCCUCAUUUCCUCAAAUCUUUGGCCAGACCCUUACAGCCAACUCAGCCAGGGAGAGUACACACAAAGCAAAGUGCUGUCCCGCUCCCUGCAGUCGAUGGGUGAAGUGAGAGAAGUCCCAUCUCUUCCUCACCUCUCUGUCUCCAGGGGCUUUGAGGCACUGUAUAGCCUGAUGGAAGAGCGCUGACCCAGGACAGGUCUCCCCAAUCCCCAUCCAGCACAAGGCCAAUCACUGAUCUCCUCGUAACUCCCCAGGAGGGAAGAUAUAGCAAAGGAGUGCAGGCUCGUGGCAUUCAAAUGAGCAGUUUGAUCAUUUUCCAGCGUCUGAGGGAGUGGGGUUUUAUGGUGUGUUAGGCAUCCACUCCAACACACAAACAGUUAUUGAUAAGAUUCUUCUGACUAAAAUACACUCACUCAGAUGGAGGUUGGCAAAGAGGUCAUCCAAAUUUUGCUUAGGAAAAUGGAGCCUCGGGAACUUGGUGUAGUGUGUAUUAUAUUGCUGACUGCAAGAUGUAUGACACAAAUGUAUAUUCACUGCUAUAUUUUAUUAUUUACUUUUAAUGUAUAUGUUGAAAAAACAUGUCAAGAAUGAUUUGAGUUGCAAUUUGUAACAGAUCAGUGCAAAGCUAACAAAGCACAAGAGAAUAAAAAUAAAAAUACUCAGGUGCUCUUUGGAAGCACCUAAA